UCCAGUCAUCAAGAUCAUCGCAUGCAAAGCGGUCGUCGGUGAACACGCAUCAGCAGUUCAGUGUCUUGUGUUUGUGCUCCUUCUUGUCGUUCCUCUUUGCCUCGGUAAAACGUUUCUAAUCGACGGAUCGGAAAGUGGAAAGCGGAAAAUGGUGUCUCAACGUACGCUGAUGGCCGGUGGCUGGCUGGUGGGCAUCGUAGCACUUGCCAUGCUAUCCCACGUUGGCGCUGAUGUGUCCCAUAUUGUUGGCCAGGAAAAUCCCGUCACGGACGCGUGCCUUUCCUGUAUCUGCGAAGCGUCCAGCGGUUGCGAUGCAUCGGUGCGCUGCGCUGGUGACGUUUGUGGGAUGUUCCGCAUCACCUGGGCCUACUGGUCCGAUGCGGGCAAACCCGUCCAGUCCGGUGAUUCUCCCGACUCACAGAACGCGUACGCCAACUGUACCAACGAACCGUACUGUGCCGCUCGGACCGUGCAGGGUUACAUGAGGAAGUUCGGACAGGACUGCAAUGGUGACGGCGUGAUUGAUUGUUUCGAUCACGCGAUCAUUCACAAGCUCGGUGGUUACAACUGCAAGAACCAGGUGCCGAUCGUGUACCAGUCCAAGAUCGAUGAGUGCAUCCAGCGGAAGGCCAUUGAGUACGGUGCCAAUCAACCGCAGCAGUAGGAGCUGCUAGAGAUCGUGAUGGCCGAAUCAUUUCUAUCUAAUUUAUAUUAAUUUAAGUAAAAUCACAGCAUUGUGUCUCUCUUUGUCGCUAAAUUUGUCUCUCUCUAUUUGUCUGUCUCAGUCACAUUUUUGGAGUACAAUAAAAACCGAUCGACAUCGAUCCUGUGGGAGAUCACUCGAAGCUA